AUGCAACAUCUUUUCCGUUUCCAAUCGAGCCCUGUCCGGGCUGCGCUCUUCACUCGGACAUGCAAGACAUACACAUUACCUCCACGAUCGCGCUCGGGCUGCUCCUACGCAACCGUGAGCACAACCGCAACAUCUAAAUCUAGGAAUCUUGAUCUGCCGGCUCUAGAUAAGAAAUGGCAGGCAAUAUGGCAGAAGCAUGGUUCAAUUCGGGCGCCCGUUGGCGUCGUUGCGGAUACUACUGCGGGAGCGGCUGGUGAGAAACCCAAGUCUUAUAUACUUUCAAUGUUUCCCUAUCCGUCUGGGACAUUGCAUAUGGGACACCUACGAGUGUAUACGAUAUCGGAUGUGCUGGCGCGGUUUUAUCGAAUGCGCGGGCACGAUGUUCUGCACCCAAUGGGCUGGGAUGCAUUCGGGUUGCCGGCAGAGAACGCAGCGAUCCAGCAUGGGGUUUCCCCUGCGGGCUGGACGACGGAGAAUAUUGCUAAGAUGAAGGAACAAUUGCGGAGCAUUUCGACUUCGUUCAAUUGGGAGCGGGAAUUUGCGACUUGCUCGCCAGAAUUCUACGAACAUACCCAACGGAUAUUCUUGAUGCUAUAUGAGAAAGGCCUUGCGUAUCAGGCGGAUGCGAUGGUCAACUACGACCCGGUCGAUAAGACGGUGCUGGCGAACGAACAGGUCGACGCCAACGGUUGCUCAUGGCGAUCCGGAGCCAAAGUCGAGAAGAAGAAGCUGAGACAGUGGUUUUUCCGUAUCACUGAGUUCAAGGACCAGUUGUUGGGGGAUCUCGACUCUCUUGCCGGUAGUUGGCCCGAGCGAGUGCUGACCCAACAGCGGAACUGGCUGGGGAAGUCGUAUGGCGCGAAGAUCAAAUUCCCCCUUGCCAUUGAGGGCAGCGAGGGCAGCGAGGGGCUGCAUAUAAAUGUGUUUACCACCCGGCCGGACACACUUUAUGGGGCAGAGUACCUCGCGCUCGCGUUGGAUCAUCCUCUCGUUUUGGAGGCAGCCAAGACGGAUGCGGCUUUGCAAGACUUUUUGAAUGAGGCAGCGAUGCUUCCGACAGAUUCAAAAGUCGGGUAUAAGCUGCCGCAUCUCAGUGUUACGAAUCCUCUGCGCGUGAUUGACAAGGAUACCAACCAUAUCAAUCGUCCGCUACCGGUGUAUGUGGCGCCGUACGUCCUCAGCGAUUAUGGCGAGGGCGCGGUAAUGGGAGUGCCCGGACAUGACUCUAGAGACUUUUUGUUCUUCAAAGAGAACGCGGAUCCCAAAUCAAUUCCUGUCGUUCUGAGCGCGGAGAAGGACAUCGCAACCAGUACCGAUGCUAAUAGUGACAUCCCAAUCAACGAGGCACGGCCUUUCACCCACGAAGGCUUCCUAACGACAAAAUGCGGGAAAUACCACGGUCUCCAUUCUCGCGAGGCCGGGAAGAUGAUUACGAAUGACCUUAGAGCGACUGACCAUGCCGACUUUGUCGAGCAAUGGAGGCUGAGGGAUUGGUUGAUCAGCCGCCAGCGUUACUGGGGCACUCCGAUUCCCAUAAUCCACUGCGAUAAUUGCGGUCCACAGCCUGUUCCUUCGAGCGACCUUCCGGUAAAACUGCCCGAGCUUAAGGGAGACUGGCUUAGGGAAAAAAAGGGAAGCCCCUUGGAGUCUGAUCAGGAAUGGAUUACCACCAAGUGUCCGAGUUGCGGAAGCAAAGCAACGCGCGACACAGACACCAUGGACACCUUCGUUGAUUCUUCUUGGUACUACCUUCGCUUCUUGGAUUCUGCAAACCAAGAGCGGCCUUUCUCUCCCUCUGUGGCUCGGCCGGUCGAUGUCUACGUUGGGGGUGUCGAACACGCAAUCUUGCAUCUGCUCUACUCUCGCUUCAUCUACAAAUUCCUCGUCCAGUCGGACCUUUUCCCAGAAAUUGCUCGCACGGGAGAUCUAGCCGCGCCACCAGAGCCUUUCAAGGUUCUCCUUACCCAGGGCAUGGUUCAUGGCAAAACGUACACGGAGCCAUCUACGGGCCGGUUUCUGCUUCCCUCCGAACUCGACUUUUCUAAUCCAGAGAAACCUGUUAUCAAAAAAACAGGCGAAACGCCGUCUGUAUCGUUUGAGAAGAUGUCGAAAAGCAAACACAAUGGUGUUGACCCAACGACGUGCGUAUCAAAGUAUGGUGCCGAUGCAACGCGUGCCCAUGUGCUCUUCUCGGCGCCUGUGAGCGAGAUCCUCGAGUGGGACGAUACGAAGAUCGUUGGUAUCGAACGCUGGUUUAGCCGACUGUGGAAGCUUGUUGUGGACGCAGAGCAAACUCUGGCUUCAUCCACGUACAAGGUGGACCGUGCCGAUUUAGUAAAAGCAUCCGUCAACGCUGCGAGCCUGGAACCGUUGCAAAGCCUGAGUGAUAAAGAUGCCGACGCUAUUCUCACCACUCACCGGACCGUUUGUUCCGUCACGAGCUGUCUCGAGAAAAAUCCCUAUGCUCUCAACACGGUCAUCUCUGACUUGACGAAACUCACCAACUCUCUCAUAUCAUCUACCCCCACUUCACCAUAUAUCCUCCAUCUCACUAUUUCUUCCCUUCUCCGGCUCUUGGGCCCUGUGGCUCCGGCAUUGGCGUCGGAGUGCUGGGAAAUCCUCCAUUCUUCCAUUGUCACAGAGCAGCCGGAAUCUGGACCCAAAGCUUUGACAGUCUUCGAUUGCCCGUGGCCAGCCGCUCCCCUAACCACAGAACAAGCCGAUAUUCUAGCUGCGCGUGGAGGACAGGUUGUGGCGGUCCAGAUUAAUGGCAAGCUGCGAUUCACCGUCACUAUUCCAAAUAUGCUCUCACCGACAACUCCGGAAGGUGCCACAGCAGAGCAGGACUAUAUCAUCAGUCGAAUUUUGGAAACCGAGGAAGGACGUCUCUGGUUACGGGAAAGGAACGACUGGGAGAAGCGGAGAAGGGUGAUUGUAGUCAAGGGCGGAAAACUGGUGAACAUUGUCUUUUGA